AUGCCUCUUGCGUCACGUUUAGCCGCUGGUGGACAAGGCCUUGCGCCAGGAAUGGUCCCAUCCGCGCUACAGCCCGGCGGAUAUCCUCAACAACAGCCACCAAAUGCGGGAUAUCAAUCACCUGCGCCGGGCGCAUACGGCUCACAACAAUAUUCUCGCCCUCCUCCACCGCCACCUCAAGGCGGAAGCCCAUACCCACAAGCCACCGCUCCCUAUCAGCAGCCCUCAUACCAACCACCCCAGCAACAGCAACCAGGCGGAGGCUAUGGCUACGGCGGCCCACCCCCYCCUCAAGGCCAGCAACAGUACGGCGGUCCUCCUCCACCUCAAGGCCAGCAGUAUGGUGGCCCACCCCGUCCUCCGGGUCAACAGCAGUACGGUGCCCCCGGCGGCGCUCCCAUGAGUGGACCCCAUGAUGUGGCCGGCUACCAGCGAGAGUUGGAGAGAGCCAUUCAAGAGAAACAGCUGCACAGAUUCUACGGACCCGGCACACCUGGAGCACAAGCUCUUCCUCAAAUCGCCGCACGUGCUGCCCAGCAGGUCGAUCGCCUUUGCCAGGCCUGGCGCAUCCAGAAGGAGAUUGCCAAUGAUAUCGUCCGGCUGGCCCUUUACGAURUGAUCAUUUACGUCGACGACAGCGGCUCAAUGUCAUUCGAGGAGAAUGGCGAGCGAAUCAAGGACCUGCAGCUUAUUCUCCAGAGGUCUGUCUUCGCAGCCACACUCUUCGACGACGACGGAAUUGAGUUGCGCUUCAUGAACGAGGACAUGCCACCACAGGACAUCUCGGGCAUCCGAAGCGAGCAGCAGGUUGAGCAGAUUCUGUCGCGGAAGAGGUACAAGGGAUUAACACCAUUCGGCACAGAACUGCGCAAGAAGGUCAUCGAUCCGAUCCUCGUCCAAAAGCUCAACAGCGGCCAAAUGCGCAAGCCACUCCUCAUCAUCAGCAUCACCGACGGACAGCCAGCCGGCGAGAGCGCAAACGCACUGAUAGAAACAGUGCAGUACGCCGUUCAAGCAGCACAGCGAUCCCAGUACGGCAAGGGUGCCGUUGCAUUCCAAUUCGCACAGGUCGGCAACGAUCAGAAAGCCACGGAGUUCCUCGCUAAGCUCGACAACGAUCCAACGGUUGGAAGCGAAGUGGACUGCACAUCAAAUUACGAGAACGAGUCGGCUGAGAUGGCCAAAGCCCAUCCACCUGUCGAUUUGACUCCCGAUCUCUGGAUGAUCAAGUUGAUCCUCGGGGCGAUCGAUCCGAGUUACGAUACCAAGGAUGAAAAGUCCGGCAUGGCUGGUGGUCCUCCUGGUGGCUACGGCGGUCCUCAGGGAGGCUAUGGGGGCCCACCGCAGCAGCAGGGCGGUUACGGAGCUCCUCCACCGCAGCAAGGUGGUUAUGGCGGUCCCCCUCAGGGCGGAUAUGGUGGUCCGCCACAACAGCAAGGCGGGUACGGAGCUCCUCCGCCUCCUCAGUACGGACAACCUCCACAGCAAUAUGGACAGCCGCCACAGGGUCAACGUCCACCACAAGGCCAAUACCCUGGCCAGAGCCAGUACGGUGCGCCUCCACCUCCUCGGUACUAG